AUGUUUAAAUAUAUGAAUUUAGAAAAUAAUCAAGAUAACAAUCAAAAAACAAUUAUUAAUAUUAAUGAAGAAGAAAAUGAAUCUGAUGAUGGAUUAUCAGAUUAUGAAAGAGCAGAAUCAUCAAAUA